GCGCUGCAUGGAUGCACGAGACUUCGCAGAAUAAGUUGGUGCAAUUGAUUCCUAAGCUUGGUAUCGAGUACUACUAUGACGAUGGCACACCGUUGUAUUAUACUUGUGACGGUCGAGCCGGAUCUCAGUUCAAAGCGAAGAAGGUUGCUGACGAGUUUGCCGACUAUGUUGAGUGGUUUUACGACGAGAAUCCGGAUGCACCAGACCGUACUGUGAAAGACUUCGUCGACGAGUUCGUGGAAAAGCAUCCACUGAUCUCCGCCUCGGAACGCAAAUGGGCUCCUCAAGCGACCCGCGAAGUCGAGCUUUGGAUUGGUACUUCCAUUGAGGAAGCUUCAGCUAAGCAUCUCAGCUAUUUCAUGACCGAGCGCAAUCUUUACAUGAAAGGAGGCUACGACAAGAUCGUGGAAUGGACUGCUAAACCUCUUCUCAAAGAUCCCAACAUGAUCCGAAAGGGCGAAGUCGUUACCGAUAUCCAAUGGGGUCAUUAUGACAACUCGACCGUCGUCACCACUCAAUCCGGUCACCAAUAUAGUGGAGAUGCCGUCAUCGUGACUGUUCCUCUUGGAUGCCUUCGUCGAGACAUGAUCUCCUUCUCGCCAUCCCUACCGACGUCAAUUCAAUCUGGCAUAUCUGCAUUCUCCUAUGGCGCGCUCGGCAAGGUCUUCAUCGAGUUCUCUGAGGUAUUCUGGCCUAAGGACAACGAUCAGUUCAUCUACUACCCGACUCCAAUUCCUGCAGGAACGCCCAUCGAUGAGUCGAGCAUCUUGUCCUAUGCUACCGUCACUAGCAAUCUCUGGAUCAUGUCCGGCAGCAAAGAACUCUGUAUUCAGAUCGCCGAGCCCCUGACGCAACGCAUCGAAGCAAUGGCACAAACACCCACCGGCAAGGAAGAGGUGUACGCAUUCUUCGAGCCACUCUUCAAGCUGAUGCGAACGGAACCCUACAAGGACCUUCCAUCGUACAGCUCUCUCGAAACCACCUCAUGGACAUCCGACCCACUUGCUGGCUUUGGCUCAUACUCCGUCGAGAAGAAAGGCGACGAGCCUGGCCUCCUCGUGCAAGCUCUGGACGAACAUCGGAAUCUCAGACUCCAGUUCGCCGGCGAGCACUGCAUCGAGACCGGUAAUGGAUGUGUUCAUGGUGCAUUUGAGACCGGCGAGAUUGCUGCUAGGAAUCUGCUUGGUGUCUUUGGCAUGACUUGGGAUGGACUGGACACUACGCUUCGUUCAGCUUCUCCUUGAUCUGUCAUCUGAGUCUGUCUUGCUACACGGGGUAAGUGAUUGAGAGGAAGGAAGAGAACCAAUUUGGAAUUUGGAGUGAGUCUCGUUAUUGAUUGUUUGAUGUCCGCGCGUUUUCUGGUCUUUUACUGGGUCUUUCGUCCUGGUCUUACACUCGUUUGGUCUUCCGAUGUGCCGUUCUACACGCUCCUUAGGAUUUUUUCUCUGGGAUCGUCGAUUUAGAAGCAUGCCCCUAAUUCUAAACAUAUACACACGAGCUCUGAUGUUUUGUCUUGUGCUUGUGACUGUGUGAUCGGACCUUAACUAUCUUGAGAAUAUAUUCAUUA